AUGUUGAGGAAGACGAGGGACAAGGAGGCGGCCCAGGCGGCUCCCCCUUCCGCCAACUUCCUUCAUGAGGCGGUGAGGGCCAACAGGCGCAGCGUUGUGGCCGACCUGCUCUCGAAGGAGGCAACAAGGGCGCACAUCAAUUCUUUCGAUAAUUUCGGCUGCACGCCCCUUCACAUCGCUGCCAGUGGUGGCAGCAAGGAGCUGGUGGAGCUCCUCCUCCAGUAUGGCGCCAACCCCUCCAUCGCCGAUAAGAGCUGCUGGACGCCCCUUCACAGUGCUGCGAAUGCCGGCGAUUAUGAGGCCUGCAAGAUCCUGCUGAAGGCGGGUGCUGAUGCCAUGGCCCUCACGGACGCGGGCACCUCGGCUCUGCACUACCUUGUGCGGCACUCGACCGACGAGGUGGAGCUGUUCACCGAGGUCCUCACGCUGCUUCUCAACAAGGGCGCCGACAUCGACUCGCAGAACAAGCAUGGGGAAUCGCCCCUCAUCCAAGCCAGCUUCCGUGGCAAGAAGCAGAGCGUCGACUUCCUUCUCGAACAUCACGCCGAAGUCAACGUUACCACCAAGACGGGGGAGACAAGCCUGCACUUUGCAGCGCGCAUUGGCCGAGAGGACAUCGUGAGCGCGCUGCUGGCGGCCGGCGCCGACCCGAACAUUCGCGGCGACUAUGGCACGUGUAAGGACGUCGCUAUUGCUGCCGGUCACAACCACCUGAUCGCCAUCAUAGACAGCCAUCUGGAGAAGCCGUCCAAGAAGAAAUCCCUCCUGCCAGAGGACCCACCAUUCAUUCCCUCUAACAAAUCGCUCCUCAUUGGACCACGAGGCAUUCUGCCGCGUCAGCGACGUCUGCGCCAUAUCAACUUCAUUUAUGGACGCAGCCUCUCUGAAGCGGAUCCCAACGGUCUCAUGGAUCCGUUGCUGACAACCGGCGUCGCUCUCGCAGAGGACAGCAAGCCGUUCUACACAUCGGAGGUCGUGACGGAUUCAUUGAACCCCAUGUGGCGAGGGCUCGACACAUCAGAGUUUGAGGAGAUGGAAUCGUCGCCGGGGGAAUGUGUAAUAUUUGUGGUGCGGGUGUGGAACUGUAGAGUCAAGGACAAGCACAAGCUCAUCUUCCAGUCCAUCAUGGACCUCAACCGCCUCGGCUAUGUUGGCACAAACGUGGAAGAGCUGGGUUUGUUCCCGACCAAUUCGCUAGUAUUUGAGAUGGGUGACGGCCUGUACUUACGAGAGGAGACUGUCGCUGUGAUGCGAACGGCAAAUCAGCUGGCACUGCUCGACGCACACCCUUCUCUCGACAAUCGCAAAACAGGACGAACGGCAGCCUACAGCGAAUUCAUCCAGUAUGUCUUCCUUCCUGAGACCCUUCCCGUUCCAACCCUCAGUUGCACAAUGGUGCUGCGGAUCAAGCGAGAGCUCGAAUUCCAGAUCCAGCAGGCCGCCAGCCACACCAAGGUGAUCGAGCAGCGGCGAAUACAGCACACGGAAUACCUGGAACUUGCACAGAAAAGAGACAUCUUGCGGAGUCGUGUGGGCCACUUGCGAAGAGAAGUCGAAGCGCGGCAGCAGAAGCAACAGAGGGAAAUCGAAGACGUCCGGGAAUCGCGAAAGCUGCUCAUCCCACGGGCACGCAUGCUGUCCAAGGCGCAGAUCGCUUUCCUCGCAUGCAAGCAGAAGCUUAACGAAGAGCUUAGCGCUCUGGAUGUGGACAGACAAUUGCUGUCGGCCCUCCGAGCAGCUCUCGACAAGCGGAGAUGGCGCCUCAUAUCGGAGAUCGUGGAAAUUUAUCCCAUCCAACCUGUUUCAACGGGCGAGCGGUGCUUGAGCGUGAACCUUGCCAAGCUGCCCAACGCGGACUCUUUCUUCGGGUACGAGGAAGAGGAGAUAGCCACAGCGCUCGGCUCCGUUUGCCACGUCCUCUUCCUCGUCUCCAAGUAUCUUGACGUGCCGCUGCGUUAUCCCAUCCUCCCCAUGUGCUCACGAUCUGCCAUCUGGGACGAGAUCUCCAUCAAUGGAAUCUUCACAAAAUACCCGCUCUACUCUCGUGGCGUCGAUAAAAAGAGCUUUGACAUCGGCGUCUUCCUCCUCAACAAGGACCUGGAACAGGGGUGGGACGUGCUGACUCUGCGAGCGACCCUGCCCAACCUACAAAACCUCCUUUCCCGCGGCAAAGCCAAUCCACGCACCACCUACAACGCCCCACCAUCCGUCGGAUCCGCCAGUUCUCCCCGCAAGCUUCACCCAUCCCCACGGUCGGCCACACCUGGGACACCGAGCGCAUCGAUGCGAGCGCGCAAGGUCUCGGUCAACGCUCAGUCCAACCCGGCCACCGCGCACAGCAACACGCCCCUCACGCGACCAAGACGGCGGUCCAUCUCCAACGGCUGA